AUGGCGGCCUAUGCAGCUGUACUUUCUCUCAAGUAUAUCAUCCAACAGAUUCAGCUUCAUCCUUGCCCUCCAAUUUCUUUUGACCAAAACCAGGUUGAUUCUCUCACCGACACCCUCAAUUUCUUGCAAAAAUUUCUCGAGCAGGGAUAUCCUUGUGUUGGCAUCAGCAGAGAAGCAAUAGAUGUUUUUGAAAGUCGAAUUGCAGAUGCAGCUCAUGUGGCCGAAGAUAUAAUCGAAACCCGUGUUGUUGAUCAAAUUCUUGCUGAAUCGAAAAAAAUGAAGAAUACUAGAAUGCAAGACCGUCUGCGCAGAAUUUUGUCCACUUUUUGUGGUGCUGGUUCAUCAAGAUCUCCUUCGACGAGGCAGAAUGUUGUAGCUGGUUUAGAUGUCAUGGAAAAAAUCAGUUCCGUUGACUUGUACCGAGAUCUCGAUAAGGUGAUCCAAGACAUUGGUUUAAUCAAGAAUGAUGUGAUGGAGAUUAAAAAGAGUAUUGUAAUGGAAGAUCAUCUGCACAUAAAUUCUUCAACUCUUGCUUCAUCAAGGUCUCAUUUAACAACGAGGCACGAAACCGUGGUUGGUCUUGAUGAUGUCUUAAAUGAAGUAAUGGAUAAGCUCACCGGACAACAAUCUAAUCUCCGCAUAAUCCCGAUUGUUGGCAUGGGCGGCAUUGGUAAGACUACUCUUGCUAGAAAUGCGUACGUUAAGUUUAUGAAGCACUUUGAUAUUCGAGCUUGGGUUACAGUAUCUCAAAACUACAAUGUGCGAGAAAUUCUUAUAGAAAUUCUUCUUUGUAUAAACAAAGCUGAGAGCAGAGAAACCUUAAGUGCGAAGAGUGAAGGUGAAUUAGGUGUAAAAGUACACCAAAGUUUAUGGGGAAGGAGAUAUUUGAUUGUAAUGGAUGAUAUUUGGAGUGUUGAGGUAUGGGAUAAAGUAAAUCUCUUCUUUCCGGACAAUGUUGGUCAAAGAAGUAGAAUAAUGAUAACCACUAGGCUAUCAGACGUUGCUUCGAUUGGCUCUCAUGGCGUUGUGAUGGAUUUCUUAAAUGAAGACAAGAGUUGGGAUCUACUGUGCAAAUCUAUAUUAGAAGAAGAAGAAGAAUGCCCUCCUGAAUUGGAGGAAAUAGGAAAGAAGAUUGCCAAAAAUUGCGAAGGACUUCCUUUGUCAAUAGUUGUUAUUGGAGGACACCUAGCGAAGUCUAAGCGCACAAGAGAACAUUGGGAAUAUGUUUCAGAAAACAUAAAAAAAAUUGUAAAUUCGGAAGACGAUGAACGUUGCUUAAAAGUAUUACAAUUGAGUUAUAACCAUUUGCCGGUACAUCUAAAGCCAUGUUUUCUUUAUAUGGGAGUUUUUCCCGAGGACAAAAAGAUACGUGUCUCGUGGCUCGUAAAACUAUGGGUUUCUGAAGGAUUUGUGAAACCAAUUAAGGGAAAAAGCUUGGAAGUGGUUUCAAGAGAGUACUUGCAGGAGCUCUGUGAUAGAAACUUGAUUUUAGUUCAUGAAAGGGGGUCUUAUGGAAAUAUCAAGUUUUGCAAAAUCCAUGAUCUCUUGAGGGAACUAUGCUUGCGAGAAGCUGAGAAAGAGAAGUUCCUUUAUGUCAAAAGACCGCAUGAACUUACCAUUCCAUAUGGCAUAAGUACCCACCGCCGCAUUGGUAUUCAUCAAAGCAUGUCGGAGAAGGAUUAUCACCCUGAUCCAGUCCUUCGUACGUUGCAAUAUGUGCCUCUUGUUCGUUCUUUGAUUUGCAAUUUUGAAGAACGUUUACCAUUACUUGAUUUUAGAUUGUUGAGGGUGCUGAAAGUCGAUGAUAAAAAGUCAUAUUUCGAUAACAACAGACAAUACGAGUAUUCCGUAGAAGUUGUCUUUCGGCUAGUUAACCUGAGGUUCAUUGCUAUCCGAUCUGAUGUGCUUAAAAAGUCCGGAUUUCCUUCUUCAGUCAAUCUCCUUUGGAAUCUACAGACCUUAAUUGUAAAUGGUAACUGGGGCGUUGUUGCACCAUGUGAAAUUUGGAACAUGACUCAACUUAAGCAUGUUCAUUUCGAUCGACUUGAGCUGCCUGAUCCUCCUAUCGGUGGGAAAGAUGACGAGUUUGUUUUGGGGAACCUACAGACGCUUACUCAUAUAAGAAAUUUUAAAUGUGGAGAAGAGGUGGUUAAGAGAAUCCCCAAUAUCAAUAAAUUACAAAUAUUUUACUUUAAGGAACCUCAGGGAUAUUUGAGUUACAGAGUCGACAAUAUUGGCCAUCUACAUAAACUCGAGUCCUUGCGCUUCUCCCUUUAUUCCCUAAAAAAGCCAUCCGUGAACGAUUUGGUGCAGAAUAUCAUCCUCCCCAAUUCCCUCAUGAAGUUGACUUUGCACAGGACCUGUCUCAAAUGGGAAGACAUGAAGACAAAGAUAGGUUUGUUACCCAAUCUUCAAGUCCUCAAACUGAAGGAAUAUUCUUUUGUAGGGACCGAGUGGGAAACGGUUGAAGGGCAAUUCCGCAACCUUAAAUUCUUGCUAAUCUACAUGUGUAGUGACCUGGAAUGGUGGACGACAGGCAGCAACCACUUUCCACGCCUUGAGCAUCUUCAUCUUCAGUUAUUGGAUAAGUUGAAGGAGAUCCCUUCAUGUAUUGGAGAAAUAUCAACGCUUCAAUCGAUUCAGUUGAUUUGGUGUAGCAAGUCAGCUGUCAUUUCUGCUAAAGAAAUACUGAAGGAACAACAGGAUUUUGGCAAUGUAGGCCUUCGAGUUCAAGUCUUCGACGAGUAG